AUGACUAACAGCACUAACGGUGAAUCAAACAAUGCAGACGAAGUUGCACUUAGCCAGAUCAAUGACUAUAUAAGCCUUAUUUAUAGUGCCAAUAACCUUGUGAACUUCACUUUUGAUGCAGAUCCAGCUGAGGAAAUUGCAGCUGUUAAUCCGCUGCUGUCCAAUGAAGAAAUUGUUAGUGCUGUUCUUAAUGAAAGAAUAGCUGAUGAUGAUGUUGUUGACAACGGCAACGAAGAUGCUAGCAUGACUGUUUCAUCUGAACCUGUUACACUAAUUUUAUGGUUUACAUCGAGUAUCAUUUUUUAUCCAUUUAUUUUUGCUUAUUGGAUUAUUACGGAACAGUAUGAUACGGAAAAGUUCCAAGUUGAUCCAGUAAAAAAGCUGCGCAUUAAACCACCAGUAAACAAGACUGCUGCUGCUCCUGCCGCUGCUGCCGAUGAGGACGAAGACGAUAUGGACCUUUUCGGCUCUGAGGAACUGUGCUAA